GCACCAUCACUCUGUUCUUGUAUCAAAGGCUUAUUGAUCUCCUCACCAACCCUGCCAUGUUCAAACUAUUUCGUUCCGAGAGCUCUCAAGACUCACCCGUCCCAUACACUGUGUACCCUUCCAGUCUAUUCUGCCUGGGGCUUGGAUACGCCCUAUGGCAUCCCGAGCCUCACGAGACAGGGGAACCGCAGAUCGGAGACGUAGGCUAUGUGUCACGAGGCGCAUUUAUAAGACUUUUUAACAUCAACACGUCAAAGGAAGACUAUGCGGUUACCUUCUGGGACGCGCCCUUUGAGCCGACAGACACGCUGCCUGAAGGGGUAUUCCGCGCCGACAGACGACACGCCCCAAUAGCUCCCGAUCAGUAUCGCAGCCGAGGAGUUUAUCGCAGAGAGACCUCUGGUAGCGUAUCGGUGUGAGUGCAGAGCU